UUUUCUUUCUUUAGUCCAACAGAAUUUUAGAAAUUCGUUGAAAUGGGCUCAAAACAGCUGGGUAACCGGUUCGUUAUCUGCAGGCAAGGAUGUGACUCCAAAGUGCCACAGCGAAGAGAACAUGAGCCACAUUCUCCGAGCCAAUGAGACGUUGGAAUAUGGUUCCUGUGAGAUCAAAGUGUGGGCCAAUACCUCCGAGGGCCAAGAGGUGGUCUUUGAAAAGAGCUGUAGAGAGUAUCAAUACGAGCACAAUGUGUCUGUGUCUGUUGUUUCCGAGUGGAAUCUGGUGUGCGAAAACGAAGCUCUGAGCCAACUGCCCCAAAUGUUGACGAUGCUGGGCAUGAUGGCAGGAGCAGCCUCCCUUCCACAGCUGGGUGACCGGUUCGGCCGGAAGAAACUUCUGAUAGGCUCCAGUCUUCUCAUGUCCUCGGUUCUACUGGGGAUGGCUUUCAUUCAAUCCUUUGAAAUCUUCUUGUUGCUGAAAUUCCUGUCUGGCAGCUUUAACCAGGGUGUAAUGGUGCCAUACUUCACUAUUAUGAUAGAGAUUUUUCCUGCAGAGCUCCGUCUUAUGAUGGGCUUCAACAUGACAAUCCAGUGGGUGACUACUGUUGUCAUUCUCGUGCCAUUCGCCUAUCUCCUCCAGGACGCAAGUUGGAGAACUCUACAGAUGACCUAUGGAAUCAGCGCUUUUAUCACCUUCUUGCCAAUUUUGUUUAUGGACGAGUCUCUGAGAUGGUUGCUGGCCAACCGUCAUAUCGACGAGGCUCGGAAAGUGAUGAAGAAAGCCUGUGCCAUGAAUGGGAAGAGCUACGAGCAACUGGUGGACACGGUACUGAACAAGCAAACAGACAAGCACAGUGUCGCAGGCUUUAGCAACGAGACCCAACUGCCUACAUUGCCCCCAGAAGCUGAUCAAACAACGGUGGUGAAGCCCAAGGAGUCUCAUGCGACGCUGCUGGACAUAAUGAAAAACCCAACCUUGAGGAGAAUGUCUCUGAGCAUUUGUUUUGGCUGGAUGAUAAGUAGUUUAACCUACUAUGGCAUCACCCUAUUGUCCACAUCGUUGGCUGGCGAUGCUUACGUCAACUUCCUUCUCGGUGGUGCCUUGGAAUUUCCUUCAGCUAUCAUGAUGUUCAUAGUCAUUAAACGGAUGAUAAGUAGUUUAACCUACUAUGGCAUCACCCUAUUGUCCACAUCGUUGGCUGGCGAUGCUUACGUCAACUUCCUUUUCGUUGGUGCCUUGGCAUUUCCUUCAGCUAUCAUGAUGUUCAUAGUCAUUAAACGGUUUGGUAGGAAAACAUCACUGAUUUUCUUCACAUUCUCGGCUGGAGUAACGCUGCUAGUUGCUGUGCUGGUAGCAACGUUAGCAGAAAAAACCUACGCCACACAGAUGAGCCAGACCGCCCUCACACUGGCUGGAAAAUUCUUCAUAUCUGCCUCGUUCAACAAUCUGUGGAUAUAUACCCCUGAGCUAUACCCAACAAACCUCAGGAAUGUUGGUAUUGGAAUCUCAUCUACGUGUGCUAGGAUUGCGGCUGCUGGAUCCCCGUUCUUUAACAUCUUGGCGAAGAAGGCACUGUGGGCUCCUGGCGCGUUGUUCGCGAGCGGCUGCUUUGUGGGAGUGUUUCUCUUUUCCUUCCUGCCAGAGACCGGUUGGCGAGAACUGCCACAGACCAUCGCCGAGGUAGAAGGAUGGUUCAAGACUGACCAAGCUCUUCGAAAAACAAAGAAGGGCAACGCAAAGAUGGGAAAAACGGACAUAAAAUUCGUUACUAUUGAAGAGAAGAACGAAGACGUAUAAGUUCGUUCUGUGAAAGUGAUGUUGAUCAUUUGAGUGAAUUUAAAGUGGUAUAAGAGAAAGAUGUCAUUAAAUAUAUCAAAGGGUCCCCAGCUAAAACAUGCGACACAGACCCAAUAUCUACUUCAUUGUUAGUUACGUGCAUUGAAGAUCUCGCACUAUAUUAUUUAUGUUACUCGUUUUAUUAAUACGUCACUCACCACUGGAAUAGUACCUGAUCUUUUAAAAAAAGCCACUGUAAAAUCUUUAUUUGAAAAACAAGGUUUCCAAUCUUAAUAUAAAAAAUAAAUCCUUUAGAAAAUAGUUUUGUGUCAAGUUUAACAACAUUUAAAGGCUAAUGAAAUGGAAGAACCUUUUCAAUCUGCUUAUAAAAGCCACGAUGGUACGGAAUCUGCUCUUUCAAAGGUAUCAUCAAAUGUUUUAAAUAAAAUCAAUAAUAAAAAAAGUAUGUGUUUUGGUUAUACUUGAUUUGUCAGCGGCUUUCGAUACCAUCGACCACGGAAUUUUUAAUAUCAAGUUAUGUUCUAAUGUUAUUUACGUAAUAUCUAGAAAAUAGAUUUACGUCAGUGAACAUUGGCAAUGAUGUGUCAGAUAUGUUACCUCUAAAGUAUGGAGUUCCUCAGGGUUCAGUCCUUGGCCCUGUCAUGUUUACAAUGUACACACAAAGUCUGUCAUCAAUAAUUUCUUUAUAUGCCCUCAAUUAUCAUCUUUCUGCUGACGAUACACAACUGUAUGGAUUCACUUUUACUGACAAUGUAGACAAUCUCAUAGAUAGAAUCGCCAGAUGUAUCAAUGAUAUAAAAAAUGGAUG